AUGGAGACAGCUGGUGCCUUAACGAUAUUUGAAAGAUCAUGCGCUACAAAGGGGCUGAAAUACAAAGAUAUGCUUGGAGAUGGUGAUUCGUCCACUUAUAGUGCUAUUCUAGAAAGUAAACCCCAUGGAGAGGACUGUAUACCCAGCAAACUAGAAUGUAUUGGGCAUGUCCAGAAGCGAGUCGGAAGCAGACUGCGGAGGCUAAAGAGUUCGAAUAAAGGCAGAAAACUCUCAGAUGGCAAAGGAAUAUCUGGCAAAGGUCGCCUAACUACUGGAAAGAUGGAUGUUCUCCAAAAUUAUUAUGGCUUGGCAAUAAGAGAAAACCUUGAUAAUGUUGAAGAAAUGGCUAAGGCUGUAAAAGCGUCUCUUUUCCAUGUUGCGUCAACAGAAGAGUACCCGCAGCAUCAUCUUUGCCUGAAAGGUGAGGACAGUUGGUGUGGCUAUCAAAGAGAUUCCAAAACAUACAAACAUAAAAAUGGUAUUCCAAAGCCCAUUGUUGAGUUGGUUGAGCCUAUAUUUGAUGAUUUGGCUGACCCAGCUUUGUUAAAGAAAUGCACCCAUGGCUUGACCCAGAAUCCAAAUGAAUGUUUGAACGGGAUCAUCUGGGACAGAUGUCCAAAGACUACAUAUGUAGAGCAGGAAACUGUAGCUCUUGCCACCUACCUAGCAGUCCUAAAGUUUAAUGAUGGGGACAUAUCAUAUCUUAAAAUUCUGGAAGACUUAGAUAUAACGCCUGGGUUCUUCACUUGUAAAGGUGCCAAAGACUGCGACAGAGCGAGGAUCAAGCUGUCGGCCAGAAAGAGCUCAGACAAAGUCAAGUCAAGAAGGAAAUCACUGAGACACUUCAGGAAAAAGUUUCUGGAUAAUGCUGAGGACAAGGAAGGGGUAACAUAUGAAGCAGGUAGCUUCUAAACCUUUAUGUUGUGAGAAAAGCAUGAACGAAAACUUUAGAUUGGAUUUUCUCAUUUUCACAAUUUGGCAUGUGUAAGUGAUCUUUGUGACACUGUAAUAUUGUAACUAUUUACUGCAGGGAGUUGAUAUUUGGCAUACUUACUAACUGUAACAUCAUCUAUUGUGUGAAACUCUUCAAUUUUCAAUACUAAUCAUCCUUAAUGAAUUAUAGGCGAAUUUCCUUCAUAAUUACCGGAUUAAGAGUUGCAAUAAUUGAAAAAUUCCAAAAUAUGGCUCUAAUUUUUUUUUAAAGAUAUUUCAAGAAAAUUGAAGAGUUUCACAUAAUAGGUCUGGUUCUAAGCUUUUCAAAAAUAUAUUAUUUAUUUUAUUCUGAUGACUGGUUCUUGAGAUAUAAUGUUUACGAUGCUAAGCAAUUACCGGUUAAUUAAUGGCCGCCAUAUUGGAUAAUUAGUGUAAUUAACGACUUUGUGAAAAAAUUUUUGCAUUGGUCAUUUUCUGUCACCUGUCCCUUUCAGAAAAUCAUAUUUUUGCAUAAAUCUACUUAAAAAUGAAAAAAAAAGUUUCCAGAGGAGAUGGCCACCUUAAAGGGGCCCUAACAGUCAUUUUUUAGUCAAGGAAGUAUUGUUUACAUUUUUUGUUAUUGUCGCUACUUGACAUGCGCACCACAGCAUGCAUGCGUUUUCCAGUGUGCAGAAGUGUACAAGUCAUGGGUACUUCAUGUAAGAUACAGCCAUACAAAUCUCUGUGGAGUCCCCUACUUAAGGUGGCUUUUCGACUAAAAAAUGACUGUAGGGCCCCUUUAACUGAAUUCCACAAACUAUAAUUAACAAUCACUUCAACUAAUAUGUUUUCCAGAUAUCUACAGCUAGCCACUUCUGUUUUCAAAUCCAAUGAAGUGGGAUUUAAAUCGGCGACAUCAUUUGUUGUUACAAGAUUGCUAUGCAAUGAUAUGGCCAUUUGGGGUAUGUACUUUACUUAACCCAUGGAGCCGCAGUGCACCCCACUUAUUAUUUUUUUACUCAUCAGUGGGUAGGUUCUGCAUCUUAAUGGGUUGAAAAAAAUGCAUCUUAAUGGGUUGACAUCAGAGUAGGUUGAUUAUGUAACAAGACAAUUAAAACCAAUACAAAGAUUGCUUAAUAUGUUCUUAAAUAAUAUAGAAUUUGUAAAUUCUGAAUGCUGAUUGGCUGAGAGCCGUGUUGUUUAUGCUACAUUUUUUCAUAUUGAUACAAGGUUAGAUAAACACUCGUGGAAAUUGGGGAAACUUGUUUUCCACUCAAUUUCCACUCAUGUUGAUAUAACUGUAUAUCAACUGACAACACAGAAAAUAUUUUAUAUUUGUUAAAUGUUAUAUAUUACUUUAUAGAGUUAUUUAAUUAUUUAAUUGCUGUGGUCUGUAUAUAAGUAAGAAAAUGUAUACAAUUGCCACUACCUCAUUGAUAAAGUCCAUUGAUUUUAAUAACAAAGCUUUAUAUCAAAACUAACGUAGGUAAUAAAUAGCAAAUUAAGUAAAGUUAAUCAGAGGUGUAACUUAACAUUUGCCCACAUGCCAGAGGCAAGUGAAUAUCAUGACGGACGUUUUAUCUCGCAUGCCUGAUUGUGCACAUGUAACCACUCAGGGUCGACAUGUUGUCCCCUUAAUUAAUUUAUACCCACUACCUAGCUGGUACCCCAUUAUAAUAUAACAAUUAAACAAGCACUUCCUUGUUCUUGUAUUUAUUGAUGUAUAUAUAUAUAUAUAUAUAUAUAUAUAUAUAUAUAUAUAUAUAUAUAUAUAUAUAUAUAUAUAUAUAUAUAUAUAUAUAUAUAUAUAUAUAUAUAUAUAUAUAUAUAUAUAUAUAUAUAUAUAUAUAUAUAUAUAUACAUAUAUAUAUAUACAUAUAUAUAUACAUAUAUAUAUAUACAUAUAUAUAUAUACAUAUAUAUAUACAUAUACAUAUACAUAUACAUAUACAUAUACAUAUACAUAUACAUUAUAUCGUGUUGAUAUAACUGUAUAUCAACACGGAAAAUGUUUUAUAUUUGUUAAAUGUAUACCACUGGUAAGCAUACUGUAUGAAGUAUACCAACUAGAAAUUUCCAUCUUGGAACGCCCUUUGCUGCCCGCGCUCCUUUGCCCAGCGGCUCCGCUCGUGUUCCAUGUCUUUUUAAUAUUAAUUUAAUGUCUUCUAAAUGUCUUCUAUCUUUUUCUAUCUCAAUAAAUCUCAAUACUAAUCGUAAUCGUAGCCAAAUAAAGCCUCUGCGGAGAAAGAGUAAAUUUUGUAAAAAUGAAAAAUUCCUGAAAUCGAAUAACAGUAUGAAGCUCAAUUCGCGUUUAUUAAUAUUUUAAUUAGAAUGAGUCAAUUUUACCGAAAAAUUGAUUUCUAAAUUUCAAACUGCCCUUUCUCAAAUUAAAAAAAAUUCCCGAUAGAUUGACUCUUUAAAAUCAAAAGAAAAAAUCCUAACUGCUUAAAAUAAUCCCGAGAUGUCGGGAUCCCGGAUUUUGUCCAACUAAAAAGUAGCAAGUUUAUUUUACUAUAAGUUUAUCUCUAUACUAAUUGUUAGGGCUUGUUAGUGGCGUGAAUAUGCCAUUUCAAGGAUAUGUGGGAGUCCCUAAAAGAUCCUCACAUUAAAGAAAUCCAACAGGUGAUAUUUCAUCAUUUACCCGAACACCAGCCUAGAUGGAUAAAAGGUCUAGCAUAUGUCAUCUAUACCUAUUGUUUGGUAAGUAUAGCACUUGAUAUAGUGCAUAUACUUUGUAGUACUUUGCCAGAGCCUAGAGUCUUAAUUCAUUUUUGUCUAGACAGCUAUACAGAAUGUCCUGUACUGCUGUAGCGAAAUGAAAUUUGCGUCAUGAUUUUUGUAUACAUGUCCUGUAUUAACAGAUUCAUUAUUCUGCUGGAAUACGACCAGAUUUGGAAAUGGUGUUCAAGUACUUGAAGCAGACAAGUUUACACAAGCGCCAUUAUUAAAGAGACUGCAAAUUGGACUGUACAGAUUAAUAAGGAACAAUAUGACAAAGGUGUUGUGUAAUUAACUAUCUUUGUUUGUUGGGCAUUGCAACUGCAAUUUCAUAUUUUCAUGAAGGUGUAAUAUGCAAUGGUAAUUCCUGCAAUAAUUUGUCGUUAUCUAAUAGCGUAUUAGGGCCGACUGUUCAAACUAGCUGGUUAGUUGAAUCCUAACCUUUAAAUAUAUUCAUUUUCAUAUAUAAUUAGGUGCUGACGUUUAUUAAUCCAAACACUAGUGUGCGGAUAAAGAAAGAUGGCAAAUUAUUACCAGCCAUAGGAGUAAAAAUCACCAUAAUAGACGAAAUUGAAGAUGUUGAAAGAUACGUAAGUACCAAAUAUGACGUUUCUCAUGGAAAAAAUCGAUAUGUGAGGCUUCCCCUACUCGCUAUCUAUUUAACAAUUAGUUAGCGAAUAGCGUAGCCAAUCAGAAUGCAGCAUUUGCAUUAGAACUCGUGUUCCAAAUUUUGUAAGUUCAGAUAUGGCAUUUGUUCGUUCAAGGCAUAAUAUGUUCGCUACUUAUGUUCGUACAAGUAGAAAUAACUACAUGUCAACCGUAAGUAGCUGUUUUUAAAUAUGCAGGAAGUAAGAGAUUACGUUGGUGGUGACGAACUUGGUUAUAAACAAGUUGCGUUACUGGCCGCAAGUGAAGACGUCACUCUAAGUGACUUCAAAAAGAAAACUGGCGAGAAUCAGACGACGAGUGCGAAGGUUUUCAAGAUUCGAAAAUCCGUUUUGGAUGAGGGGUUCUUGGAUUGGUUGAACUAUGGUAAGUUGAAAAUGUAAUCGUGAAAUAGUGGUAGUCCUAAUUAGCCUUUCUCAUGAUGACGAAUAUCAAGCAUUUUUGGGUGGCAUCUAAUAAAACAAUGUGAAAAGUAAUUUCUGAAAAUAAACUAACCAUUUACAAAGCAAUAUAAAGUUGCUGUUUAUAUGUGGACUUAUCUCAGACUUCAGCUGAAAUGGCACCCAAAAAUGGUGGCGUGACAUUUAGAUAUAGGACAUUGUUACAUACGGCGAUGUGAAGAUACAUAUUUUAUCUUCGAAUGGUAAAAACAAUAUUUUACGAGGGCAAUAUAUAGGCCCCUACUUGAAACGUAAAUGGCAAUGGAAAACGAUAUGAGUUCCACACACUGAACUAGUUAAAAACGUCGCUAUUUUUGGUAAAUUGUGAACAGAAUGCGAAUAGAUCUUUCCGGUAAUUACAUCACAACUAUAUGGAAGUGAGGCGAGGAUCCACGCAAUAAGGCACUCACGCCCAUUGCUCGCGCCUCACUUGGCCACUUUCAUGUAGUUGUGACGUAAUUACCGGAAAGGUCUAUUGGCAAGGAAUAGCCACGUGAUCGAUAUCUUCACAAGUGAAGAAACGAAAAGUAUCAUACUGUGUGUAUUUUCAGUAUCUUACUGUCUGCUAUAUAGUAAUAAUCAUCCCACGUAUUAAUAACGUGUUACUUAAAUUAGCGUAAUUGUAUAAUAUAUUAUUUUGACUUAUCUUUAAGCAACGGCAAAAACAGGAGAAAAACCAAAUGAGUACAAUCCAAUAACAGAUGAAAUAAGGAGUGCGGAAGAACAAAAUCCUCUUUCUUCCGUUGAUGUAUCAGAAAACAUGUUGCAUUUGGCAGGUCAAGGUAAAAAUACAUUGAAAGUUUAA